AACAAAUGGCAGGAUAAUUUAAAUACAAAAGGCGCACGGAAAAAUCAAUAGCCCCCAAUAAACAUUUAUCAAUGUUUUCCCGUAAGAUAGGCGGACUGAUAGUUAAUAGAAGUGUUAUAUAAGUGUAAGGAAAUACGUAAAUAAAAAUGACCUCAGUUGAAAGUGGUUCCAAUUCUGCAGAUAAAUUAGCCAGUAAUGAGUCAGUGCAGGUUAUUGUAAGGUGUAGACCUUUAAGUGUUAAAGAGCUCCAACAGGAGUGCAAAAGUGUUGUGAAAAUCUACUCCAACCGAGGGGUUAUUGAGGUAGAAAACUUAAAAGCGAGAAGUGAUAAUGAGAGGAGUAAGAUUUUUACAUACGACGCUGUCUACGAUGAAAGAUCAGCACAACAGACACUUUAUGAUGAAACAAUUCGCCCACUGGUUGCUUCCGUCCUCGAAGGCUACAAUGGCUGUGUUUUUGCAUAUGGACAAACAGGAACUGGAAAAACGUACACUAUGGAAGGAAGUGACGAGGAUGAAAUGGGAAUUAUUCCUAGAGCGUUCGAACAAAUAUGGGCCCACAUAGCCAGAAAAACGGGCGUCGAAUUUCUGGUCUCUGUUCGUUACUUGGAAAUUUAUAUGGAAGAAAUUAGAGAUUUACUUCGGAUAAAAAGUACAAAGAUUCACGAAUUAAGAGAGCAAGCUGGUGAAGGUGUGGUUGUUACAAAUUUGCAUUCUCAUACUUGCCAGAGCGCCAAAGAUAUGCUAAAAGCCAUGAAGACUGGAAACCACAAUCGAACGACUGGAGCGACCAAUAUGAAUGAACACAGUUCCAGAUCUCAUGCGAUUUUUCAGAUCAUUAUUGAGAUGGUAGAAGGAGACUCGAAAUCGAUGAAAGUAGGCAAAUUAAAUCUAGUGGAUCUAGCGGGUAGCGAGAGACAGUCCAAAACGGGGGCCACAGGAGACAGACUGAAAGAAGCCACGAAAAUCAAUAAAGCCCUGUCAUCUUUGGGGAAUGUAAUAUAUGCUCUAGCAGAAAAUUCCGCCCAUAUUCCCUAUAGGGAUUCCAAACUAACGCGACUCCUUCAGGACUCUUUGGGGGGUAACAGUAAGACAAUUAUGAUAGCAAAUAUUGGGCCGGCUAACAUGAAUUAUGACGAAACGAUAAUUACCUUGAGGUACGCCUAUAGAGCCAAGUCGAUUAAGAACAAACCCACGAAGAACGAAGACAUUAAGGAUGGAAAGUUGUUAAUGUUGCAAGAUGAAAUUGAGAGGCUUAAAGCCUUGAUCAUGCAGAAGAGUAAUGGAACUGAAAUUAAUGGAUUGGACAGUGAAGAAGCUGACUUAUUGGAUUCCGACAGUGAAAGUGAAAAUGUAGAAAAAGAACGAAAACUGGAAGUGGGUAAAAUGGAAGUUGAUGAAUUAUCAAAAAAGUUGAAGGCUUUGGAAAAGCAGAUGGUUCAUGGCGGCAAGGAUAUAGUGGAUAGUGUAAACGAAAACGAACUAAGACUCGAACAACAGAAAACCGAAAUUGCUGAAAGAAAAAAACGCGAAGUUGAAAUGCAGCAACGAAUAGAAUUGGAAGAAGAAACAUGCUCAGAGCUUAAGCAGGUUUUUGCCAGUUUACAACAGCAGGUCGAUUUUAAGAGAGACAAGCUGAAAAGACUUAACAACAAGUUACAAUCAGUCAGACAGGAAAUUAUCGAUAAUCACGAGGUGUACCUGAAGGACAGGCAAGAGGUGGAAAAUGCCAAUGAUGAGGCCGCAAUGAAUCUCAGACAGUCACUAUUAAUAAUAGAUAAUUUUGUACCUUCGGAAGAAAGAAGUAGAAUUAUCAGUUUAGCACAAUUUGACGAAGAUACAGAUAACUGGAUAAUUAAGGAGGAUUCUUCGAGAAUCUUGCCGCAAGAUAGGCCUAUAGCACAUAACUAUCGACGUCCCAUUUCUGAUUAUGCAGUCAAUCAAGGCCUAACACAAACCAAAUAUCGAGGUGAAAAUAUCCUAGACUUAAAAUUGGAUAUGCCAUUAAGAACUACUCAAGACUAUACACCUCCAGCUAUCUGUCCUCAAAUUAAAGCUCUGGUAAAUGAUGUAAUAAAAAGGGAAAUGGAGAAUAGUCACAUGGUCAUUAGAUUAGCACCGCAUUCCGUAGUAGGUAGAAGUAAUACGUCCAAAUUGGAACAAGAAGGAAAGUACAACCAGGCACUUAAAAGUCUUGUUGAUGUUCAUAGUUUGAGGAAUACAACAGCAGCAAAGCCAGUACCCCCUAGAUCAGCCAAGUCAUCUUAUCAGCUGAAACAAAACUAAUUAUUUUACAAGUACUUUUUGCUUAUUGUGAUAUUUUUUCUUUUAGUUAACUUUUUUGUACAGAGAAAUGUAUUAUAUAAUUUAUUUUUUUUUACAACUUAUUGCUUAACACUGCUAAAGCAUAUUGAACAGUAAACAAUUUAGUUCUUUUCAGGGUCUGAUCGACAGACGCAGAAAUAAACUAAAUUCAUCAAUGAAUUCAAUUGCUUCGAUAUACAAAUGCGGUUUUUAAAGUUUAUUUUUAUCUUUUCUUACUAAAUAAAAGAUAGUUUUACAGCAAUUUUAGCUACUGAGAUUAAAUGAAAGCAUAUUAUUUUGUAACAUCACUUGGUGAGCAUAUUUAUACUAUUUUAUAGUCAAAUAUACUAGGUAGUUAUUAAGCAGUAUAUGCCUAUCUAUUUAUUGCUUAGUUGAUGUGAUCGGAUCUCAAUUCUGUUGCAGAUUAUUUAUAUUAUGUGUGUUUGAGAUAAAAAUGGAUUGUGCAUGCAAUAUAAAAUAAAAUAAAAAAAUGUCUGUAAUAUUUUAAAAUGUUAUUAAAACUUCUAAAUCAUCAAAAAUACUCGAUAUGAAGAAAAUUUGGAUCGGCCUGUUAUGCGUUAGUUGUAAUUAUUAUUUGUUUUAAAUUGUUUUUUCAGCAUAGCAGGAAUUCCACCGUGGUGCAUUAAAAGUCUUGUACAUAUUUGAAUGGCAAUUAGUCAUUUGUGAGUAUCAAUGAGCUAAAUGGAAUUUAAAUAUGCCAGACAAGCGGACAAGUAUAGCGGGUUGAAAGAAUAAUUUUAAAGUAGAAAAACUAUAAAACUUAUAAUUUUCUAUGUAACACAAGUUAUAAACGCAUUUACAUUUUAAAUAUUUUAUUUGCUUGUUUAGAAAAGUUUUAUUGAUGAGCUUACGCAUUGAUUUAGCUGGAUUAUUAGAGCGAUAACCGGAGAGUUUCGCCGAUUUCGUACGAAGGGUGUAUUUUUCUAAAUUAUCUACUUUUUAUGUGUAUCGUAAUUCUGUCUGUAGUCCGAAAUGUGUAUAUUUAGUCUUGUAUGGCUGUUAUUUAUUUUGUCGAUACCUGCAAUAUAUUCUAGUCGAAAUGUAUUAAGGAAAUUGUUCUGUGAUUCAGAUAAAAUAAAUAAUACUAGCAGU